GCAUUCGAAGCCUACCAACCACAUCACCGGCGGGGCGGCGGGCUCGCCCAGCGCCGUGGAAACCGUAGCCGAAGAGAAAGAGGAAAAGAAGCCUACACGCCCAAUCUCGCGUCUCGCCGGCGGCCGCCACCGUCACCGCCAUGAUCAGCAUCCUCGCGCAGGAGCGCCUCCUCGGGUUCGCCCUGGGCUCCGUCUCCAUGGGCGGCUUCGUCCUUCACCAGCGCCGCGCCAUCUACCGCUCCCUCGCCGAAGCGGACGGGUCGCCUUACUCCUACCAGCCUGGUGAAAUCACCAGUAGCAGAAGCUCGACUGAGUUGGCUCAUGUAUGGAACAAGGCGGUGGAUGAGACUCUUGGACGACUUGUUGUAUACCUUAGCUCUCGUGGAUGGUGAUUCAAGCACCAUUUUGAACAUGGCAAGUGAGGAAGCGCACAGGGCAGUGCGAGACUUUCAAGCCAUUGUUGUGCUGAAACAUAACAGAUGUACUUGACAUUUCUCUGCACCCGGAGUUGAACAUGUUUUGUUUUAAAAGCUUCCCCAGUGACCUAAUUAUGUUGAAUAUGGUUGAUUCUGCCGUACAUUGUUCCCUGAACAAGGAUCUGGAUGUUACCUCAUGGUCAAUGCUCUAA